AUGGCGUCAUUUGUUGCACUCAGCUAUAUUCUUGCGAUGAAUUUCUAGAUAAUAGAGCAUAUGUACUUUAUCAAAACUUUUUGAUUAGAUCUAAAGAUCUAGAUCUAGAUCUAGAUCUAGAUUUUAGAUCUCUUCAGAAUAUAGAAAGCCAUGUAAACCGACAUGCGCAUGCGAAUAUGCAGUGAACAUUUGAACUCUCGGGCCUUCCUUUUCCUCGUCUGGGAAAUCGGUUUAUAGGUUAAAGUUCACGAGACAAGGUCGCUGAAAAGGUCAUGACGUAGUUUCCGUCCCAGUGUGCAUUGUUAUGAUGUCCGCCAUUAGUCACUGUAUCGAACAGUGAUGCUUGUACGGUUAUCUUGUUUUAAAGAUUCUUUUCUUAAGGAUGGUCUUAUGUGGUUCAAAAUGUGAGGGCUGCAUAGCAUUAGGUCACUAGUUUUCAGUUUUGACUGAUUUUAUAGUCUAGGGGGUGAGUGACUCUUAUAUUCAGCCUGCAUUUCGUGGAUUGAGUGCGAAAUCUCGACACUAUACUGUACACAGUACACACAGGCAGUGACAGUGUAUUGAUUGAAGCAUUCUUAUCUUGUGACACGGAGCCGUGCUGUGAACAGCACGUUUUCAAAACUGUUUAGGGUGCUACCUGUGUUCUCGGAUUAUAGUAAAGCUACAAUUCGGAAUAACAAUGGAAAACGUUCAGCAAUCGGAAGCAUCUGCUAAUCCUGCCGACCAGCUACGUGGGCAGGGUUUGAAUACCGUACCUAAAGUAGACACGCUUCAAGCUGUCAACGAAGAGAGUUCCAAUCUCAGUCCAUCAAAAUCAGCUGACCCUGCCAGAAAGAAAACGUUUAAGAUUAUAAGUGUUAAAAAGGGUGGCAGUGGAGACCUGCCGGUAGAUAAUGAUGCUGAUAGUGUUGAUGGCUUGGAUGAAAGCCAGACUGAAGAUCUCAGUUCAGAAUUGUAUGAUACAAGCUCGAAAGCAACUGAUGUUGAUAUGGAUUUACAGGAUAACAUGAUGCCCCUUACUCCAGAUGAUGUCACAAGUACAACAACAAUUGUUGUGAAACAGAAGCCGGACAGAGAAUCUCAGUCUCGUUUCAAAGUGGUGAAAAUAGAAACCAAAGAACCAUUCCGAAGAGGUAAAUGGGUUUGUUAUGACUUUUUCGACACGGCACCUGCUGCUGUGGUAACGUUAGAGAAAAAUGGCUCAAAAGUGACUGAAGACAGUAUUAUACCUGCCUUAUCUGGCAACCUUAGUUCUUCUAGUUCUGUACAUUAUGUACAUGGGGUAAAUGAAUCUUCCAGUAAUAUAUUUGUCACGCCUGUUGCCCUAAGUCCCCCAGUGGUUGAUAGUAGUCAACCCAUUCUGUCCGAAGUAUUUGUUCCAAUUCAACCUGCACCAUCUAGUCAAGUAUUAAGCCAGCUUGACGGAGUUUCCUCUGAAGGGAUGGUGCCCGGAGUAUCCACAGAAGUGAUGGCACCUUUACUAGCUCACCAGAUCCGUAUGUCUUAUAAUCGUGCUGUUUCCUCGUCCAGUACGUCGUUUGAAACUCUUGCUCAGCCAGUGCAGACCAAUAUUGUUCAGAGUCUGCCGCAGUCCAACCUCUUUCCAUAUGCUCAAAAUGGACCAGCAACAUCACUGUACCAAAAUGGAGUCCAGACAGGACAGACCACUCAGAUUAUCGCUGUACCAAACUCAACGUUGAUAGCUGCCGCUGGAGGGGCUCAAGGUGUGAUACCGUCCUCCGUUUCUGCAGACUUCAAAUCUGCUGUUCAAGAUAACAUGAGUUCUGCUCAGAAUCAAGGGUUUAUCGUCGUAGGUGGUGUUCCCAUCCCACGGUCUCAGAGCCAGAGUCACGUCGGAGGCAAUCUACCCCCGUCUGGUGGGGAUCCGUCGGCUACCUCUCAGCAAGUUGGCACAGGGAGUGUCCUCCCGUCAGCAGGUAGUGACAUUAUGACCUCUUCCACUGGUAACCUAGGCAUCGGUGACCAGGCACUGAGUGGCGUCGCCAUGGAUGAGAGCACUGGGAGUAUAAAGACGCUGCAGGCUGAUGGGGAAGCACCGCAGGACCUGGAGGAAGCUGUCGAGACCAUGUACAACAUGGGACUACAGGAGGGGAAUGAGGAGAACGUGGACGAGAG